AUACCUUUAUUCUAAUUAUUUUAUCUAUCGUAAUGAAAUUAUUGAUGUGGGUGUUUCUCAGCAUUGAAGAACAAUACUUCAGAUAUUAUGCUCAAGUGGUAAAGAAAAAUGGUUUUAAAUAUGUCAACGUAGUUUAGUUGAAGUAGGAAUUGCAUCAAGAAUGAAUUUAGGAAGAACUGUUUCAUCAUUGUUUUUCUUUUAUUACUUGAAAGUCAUAAGAUCAUCAGAUAUCGUGGAAGACAUCCACGGAGCAGUAGACAGUUUGGUUCUUUCUACAGUGAAAACUGUUGGAAUACUUAUGGGUAAAAAAGUAGAACCUCAAAAUGUUAGAUUCUACAUCUCAACUUCCUCAAAAAGAAAUGUAACUGAGAUAAUGGAUACUUCCAAUCCUAAAGAGAUAGUGAGAUCUAAUGGCAAUAUCUUCUUUCUUAUUCAUGGUUGGUCCAAAAAUAUGACUUCUUGUCCAUGGUAUAAUGCUCUUACUGAUGUACUACUAGAGAAGUAUUCAGACUCUCAAAUAGUUAUGGUAGAUUGGGAUGAAAUAGCUGGAGAGAGAUAUCCAUUUUCUGCUUACUUUGCUGAGGGAGUUGGUAAAUGCAUUGCUUCUCUGAUCGAACUCCUCGUGCAGAACCACAGAAUCUCUCUUCAAAAUAUAGUGAUCAUAGGCCAUUCCCUAGGAGGCCAAAUUGCAGGAAUGAUUGGGAAAUACUACCAAGCAAGUACGAAAACAAGGCUGCCUAGAAUAAUAGCCUUGGAUCCAGCUGCCCCGAUUUUCAGGUUUCGUCCAAGUACGAAAAGACUAAAUGAAAAUGAUGCAGACGCUGUUAUAGUCAUACAUAGUGACAUCUUUGGAUUUGGCUAUCCUAAGCGAUGUGGAACAAUUGAUUUCUAUCCAAAUGGAGGUUUUGAUCAACCGGGGUGUAGAAGAAAAUAUUCGACUGUGGAAGAACAGAAAGAUGCAAUAUGGUGCAGCCACAGAAGAUGUAGUGAUAUCUUCAUCGAAUCACUAAAACGUCCACUGGCUUUCAUGGCAAUGAAAUGUGACAGUUUCGAAAACUAUCAGAAACACAUAUGUGAUAACAAUGAAAAAGUUUCAAUUGGUGACUGGGAAACCUCUAAAAGAGGAUCAUACUAUAUUAAAAUCACUGUAGAUCUACCAUUUAUCAAACAUUGA